AUGUCUAAUCCAAUGGCCAAUAUCACAUCGUCUUCGAUCAAAAGGACUUUAGAUCCUAUUGAGUGGGAGAUACAAGCCAAACGCAUCAAAUUGGAUCAAACCUCAACAAAAUCAUUAGGACUUCUGUCUCCCCCCGUCACUCCAGAGAAACGUGACCGAAUUCUAAAUGUUCAGGCAAACUCUGUGAGCUCCCUUAAUACAAAGCUGUUUGGUGCCGUUAAAUCGCAACCCCUUUCAGUUUACUCAAGAGCAAAGAAACUGUUCUUGAGGAGUUCGGCAGUGGAGCUUGAUGGUUUUGCUUUGACUGCGAGAGAAGCUGAAGCUCAUUUACUGCGUCAACAUAUAGAUCGAUGCUUGUUGAAACUGGAGUCCACCUCUAUUUACGUGUCAGGUCCUCCGGGGACCGGAAAAACCGCGCAGGUGAACGCGAUCUUGAGUUCUCUGAUUGUGGGAGAUAUUGAGAAUGCGGAUGAUAAGGUUUACAAAGUUCCAGUGAGGAUUGACUCGAAGAAAAUCAACCGUAGACUCAGGAUCGCAAAAAUCAACUGCAUGACUGUGCGCAAAGCAGAAGACAUAUUUGAUGCGAUCUACAGCGACCUUGAGGGCCAGUUCACGCGCAAAAAGAGAACUGCUCAGGACCUCAAGAGAUAUCUAGCAGACAAGUCCAAGUGCGAUAUCACAAUUGUGGUUUUGGACGAAAUGGAUAACCUCAUGGGUAAUAAUAGCCAGCAGGUACUUUUUGACCUUUUUUCAUGGGCGUCGGAUAUGUCAAAUGACAAUCCAAAACUGGCCAUCAUUGGAAUUGCUAAUGCUUUGGACUUGACUGAUCGAUUCCUUCCGCGGCUGAAAAGUAACAACAUCAGUCCCAAAUUAAUUCCAUUUUUACCUUAUACUGCAGAUCAAAUCAAACAAGUUUUGACCGCAAAGCUCUGCUGUCUUGUGGAUGGCAAGACAAAUGUUCCUCCUUUAGUUCAUCCUGCUGCAAUCCAACUUUGUGCCAAAAAAAGCGGCAAUAACCACAGGGGAUUUGAGAAGUGCUUUUGA